AUGAGAAGCUUAUAUGAGUUCACCCAAGACAAGCUUAACAUUGAUUUAGAGACCUGCAUUAUUUACCAGGAAAAUUUCAAAUGUGGUCAGUUCAAUGGCCUCGAUGAAAUUCUAACUACGUGUUUCAUACUACAAAAUUCGAGAAAAGUAGCAUUACCAUACCUUCCUGGUGACUUAAGUCACAAAGCAGUCAUUGACCACUGCAUUAUUUACCUUUUGACUGGUGAAUUUUACAAUAACGUGCUAACAUUUGGCUAUAAAAUAGCUAGAAAUGAAGAUGUCGACAAUAGCCUUUUUUGCCAUUCUGCAAAUGUUAACGUUACAUUAUUGAAAGGUGUCCCUUGGGAAAUGUUCCACAGUUUGAUCGGUACAAAUUCGUUCGUUGAUUUAUUGAUAAAUUAUACAGUGGUUCAAUUCAACGGCCAGUUUUUCGCUCAAAUCGUGGGUAAUAGGUGUAACGAACCUCAUUUACCGCCCAAAUGGGCUCAAAGAACGUCAUCUGGCAAUACUGCACAAAUCAAACAAUUGAUGGGACCAGUGACAAAUAAGCCAUUCCUACACAGGCUCAAAAUAAAUUCUCCCUCUUUUUUUCCUUAUGGCAAGAUUCUUCCCUUAUCAUCAUCCUUUAAAAAGCUAACUGACGUAAGAGAAACUAUUUUCCCCAUAAAUUUGGUUAAAAUUCCCCAAAGACUAAAGGUACGAAUCAAUUUGACGCUGCAAAAACUGUUAAAGAGACACAAACGUUUAAAUUAUGUUUCCGUUCUGAACAGUAUCUGCUCACCAUCGGAAGAAACCGUAUCGAAUUUGUCGCAUUUGAGCAGACAAUCACCAAAAGAACAAGUCUUGAGAUUUAUAAUUGUCAUUUUACAGAAAUUAUUACCCCAAGAGAUGUUUGGUUCAAAGAAAAAUAAAUGCAAAAUAAUCAGGAAUCUAAAUCUUUUAUUAAGUUUACCCUUAAAUGGCUAUUUGCCAUUCGACAGUUUGUUGAAAAAGUUAAGAUUAAAGGACUUUCGAUGGUUGUUGGUUUCUGAUGUUUCGUUCACUAAGCAGAACUUUGAGAAUUUAAAUCAAUUGGUGACUUGUUUCAUUUCCUGGCUAUUUAGACAUUUAUUCCCCAAAAUUAUACAGACUUUUUUUUAUUGCACCGAAAUAUCUUCUACAGUGACAAUUGUUUACUUUAGACAUGAUAUUUGGAAUAAACUUGUCACCCCUUUCCUUGCAGGAUAUUUUAAGAAAUACUUGGUUGAAAACAAUGUAUGUAGAAACCAUAAUAGUUAUACGUUGUCCAAUUUCAAUCAUAGCAAAAUGAGGAUUAUACCAAAAAAAAAUAAUAAUGAAUUCAGGAUUAUCGCCAUCCCAUGCGGAGGGGCAGACGAAGAAGAAUUUAUGAUUUAUAAGGAAAAUCACAAAAAUGCUGUAGCACCUACUCAAAAAGUCCUAGAAUACCUAAGGAACAAAAGGCAGACUAGUUUUACUAAAAUGUAUUCUCCAAUGCAAAUAGCUGACCGUAUCAAAGAAUUUAAACAGAGCCUUUUAAAGAAAUUCAAUAAUGUCUUACCAGAACUAUAUUUCAUGAAGUUUGAUGUCAAAUCAUGUUAUGACUCAAUACCAAGAAUGGAGUGUAUGAGAAUACUCAAGGAGGCAUUAAAAAGUGAAAAUGGUUUUUUUGUCAGAUCGCAAUCUUUUUUCAACACCAAUACAGGUGUCUUAAAGUUGGUCAAUGUAGUAAACGCUAGCAGAGUACCAAAACCUUAUGAACUAUACAUAGAUAAUGUGAGAACAAUUCAUUUAUCGAAUCAGGAUGUUAUAAACGUUGUAGAGAUGGAAAUAUUUAAAACAGCUUUGUGGGUCGAAGAUAAGUGCUACUUGAGAGAAGAUGGACUCUUUCAAGGUUCUAGUUUAUCUGCACCGAUUGUUGAUCUGAUGUAUGACGAUCUUUUAGAGUUUUAUGGCGAGUUCAAAACCUGUCCUAACCAGGAUACAUUAAUUUUAAGAUUGGCUGACGAUUUCCUCAUAAUAUCAACAGACCAGCAGCAAAUAAUAAAUAUCAAAAAUCUUGCCUCCGGCGGAUUUCAGAAAUAUAAUGCUAAAGCCAAUGAAGACAAGAUUUUGGCUGUAAGCUCCCACUCGGAUGAUGAUACGGUUAUUCAAUUCUGUGCAAUGCACAUAUUCGUUAAAAAAUUGGAGGUUUGGAAACAUUCAAGCACGAUGAACAAUUUCAAUAUCCGUUCAAGUUCAAGCAAGAGAAUAUUCCGAAGUUUAAUAGCACUGUUUAACACUAGAAUCUCCUAUAAAACAGUUGAUUCUAAUCUGAAUUCAACAACCACCGUUCUCAUGCAAAUUCAUCAUGUCGUGAAGAACAUUUCUGAAGGUUAUAAAUCUGCUUUUAAGGAUCUAUCAAUAAACGAUAGGGAAAGCAUGCAAUUUUCUUCGUUCUUACUACGUAUAAUUGAAAUGACAGUAGAUGCUUGUCCAAUUACGAAAUGCGAUCCUUUAAUAGAGUAUGAAGUACGAUUCGCCAUAUUGAAUGGAUUUUUGGAAAGCCUCUCUUCAAAUGCAUCAAAAUUCAAAAAUAAUAUUAUUCUUUUGAGAAAGGAAAUUCAACAUCUGCAACCACAUAUAUAUACAUAG